AGACGCCAUGGGUGCCCUCUGAACAACAUAGCAGACAGCAAAAAAAAAAAGACUUGGACCGAAUAUAUGUUUUUUUAAUACUCGUUUUACCAGCAUAGCCUUACACUCCUCCACGACAAUGCCUUCCGUAAAAAGCUUGACGCUGACUUACGACGCUCUGAAUGAGAAUGGAACGUUCUCGGAGGGAGACACGAUAACUGGAAAAGUGACACUGGACUUAUUGAAGGAGGUCGCCGUUCAAAACCUCUAUGUUAAAGCGAAGGGAGACGCUGAUGUGCGCUGGACGAAAAAGAGCGGCGAUCACACCCAUACUUACUCUGCACACAGGAGAUAUUUCAAGCUGAAGCAUUUUUUAAUCGCAGAGGACUCUAGGGACACCAGUAUUGCUCAAGGGAUCCAUGUCUAUAAAUUUAGCUUUAACAUACCACCAGGAAGCAUGCCUUCAUCCUUCAGGGGGAGUCACGGAAAGGUUGUAUACAAGCUGGAAGCUGUGCUGUCCAGGAGUUGGCGGAUGGACCGUACAGUAGAAAAGGAGAUCAAUUUUGUCUCCAAGUCCUUUCCGAACCUUCAUUCUCUGAUGUCACAUCAAGCUGGUUCAACAAACAAAGAGAUGGGUCUUUUCUCAAAAGGACAUGUAAACAUGGACGCCACUCUUGAAAGGAGGGCUUAUGCUCCAGGUGAAACGGUGGCGAUUGUUGCAAAAAUCAACAAUUCCUCAUCCAGCAACAUGACGCCCAAAUUCAGCUUAAUCCAGGAUGUGGUGUACCGCGCCAACGGCAAUACCAAACAUGAAAGCAACGUGAUCCACAAAUUGGUGGACAGCUGCAUCAGUCCCCAUACACAGUCGGUGGUCAAGAGUGCAGUAAAGAUUCCUCCUGGUCAGAUGCACACAAUCCAGAACUGUGAUAUUAUCUCAGUGGAGUAUCAUUUAAAGGUAUAUCUGGACAUCAGCUUUUCUUUCGAUCCAGAGAUCAAGUUCCCAGUGGUCAUUCUCUCUCCUGAUUUACUUCGUGGCCCUCAGCCUGGUGUGGCUGCAGGUCCCUAUCCAGCUGGGGCCACUGGUGGCCCAAGUAACAGCGACUUCCCUCCCCCAGCAGUGUCUAUGGGUCCUUAUCCACCAGCCCCACAUUCAGGCAGUUAUGCAUACCCAGGAGCUCAGAGUUAUUCAGCGCCACAACCUGGAUACCCAAAUAACACACCAAUGCAUGCUGGUCCACCACCUGUUUACCCUCCUCUGCCUGCACACAUGAGUGGAGGCUACAGUAACCCAGUGCCGCAGCCUGCUUCUCCUUAUGGAUCACCGUUUUCAUCUUCAUCGUCAACUUCCGUGCUUCACCCUCCACCUACUGCCCCGACAUUGCACUCACCCCCAUCUGCCCCAGAGAUCCAGCCACCCCCUUCUUCGGCCUUUAAUGUAUCUCCAACUGCUCCCACCUACAACUUGAUGCCUUCUGCGCCAAUGAUGAACGCAGACUUCCUGUCUCAGUCGGAUGAACCUCCUCCAGCAUAUUCCCUCCUGUUCCCAUCUCCUGCUCCUGAAAAAUCAGAUGCAAAAUAAUAAAUUCAGGAUCCUUAAUGGCAGAAUCAGUUAAUUGAUAAUGUAGUGAGAUAUAAAUAUACAAAAAAAUGUUAAAUUAGAUCAUUUAAAUCAUGUCUUAUUAUUAGUGUAACACUCUAUUAGUGUUGUUAAAUUUUAAGUGUGAAUUUAAAAUGAAAAGGAAGUGUAUGCAAUAUUUACUGUUGGCAUGUAAACAAUUAUAUACUUAAAUAAUUAUAUACUGAAACUGGACUUUUGCAUUUUAUGUGUUGUUAUGAGUUGUUUUCUGAACAGUUGUCAGGUGGCUUGUCAUCUUUGUGCAGCUGCUAAUGUAAUUACUCAAACCUCAGUUAUAAGGAAACACUGUGUGUUUUACGUGCCUUGCUCAACUCAAGUGCCCUUGACUGCAAUCAUUUUUUCAGCCUUACAGUCAGUUCCUACCCUCUACCUCACUCUCCUGUGUGGAGGCUAGUUGAAAGGAAUCACUCACAACAUUUACUGUGUGAAGGAAACAAAACUUUUUAUACUUUUUUAAAGCUGUCAGCAAAGAAGCCAAAUAUGUGUUUUCCAUUUAUUUGACAGUCUGUUGAGUUUAAUAUGAGACAGCAACUUCUGUCUAUGUCAUUACCUAUGUCAAACCUGAUUUGUUGUUGUACAAAUGGCCAGUGUUUUCUCUGUCUUGCAGAGUUGAAUAAAGAAUUUGUCAGG